AAUAACAACAACAACAGCAUCAACAGCGAAAAUUUAUCCAUGAAGCAGUUGGCCGCCGCAGCACCGCUACAAUUUCCCAAUGUUGAAAUUACCAAUAACAUUAUGGACAUUAUGGAGGAAUCACCCAUGCAAAUGUUCUACAAGGACAAGGGGGUAUUCCUGACAGGCGGCACCGGCUUCUUUGGUAAAAUUAUAAUUGAAAAAUUAUUACGCGUUACCGAUGUGGGACAAAUUUUCCUGCUGAUCCGCACCAAAAAGGGUAAAGACGUACAGACACGUCUCGAUGAUAUCUUCAAUGAACCGGUCUUUGAGAAACUCAAGAAAAUCACACCAAACUAUCGCGAGAAGAUCACCGUCAUCAGUGGUGAUGUCUCCCUCCCUGCGCUGGGUAUCUCCCACGAAGAUCGUGAGUUGCUCAAGGAACAGGUGAACAUAAUUAUACAUGGUGCUGCCACAGUGCGAUUUGAUGAGAAGCUAAAAAUGGCUAUUGGCAUCAAUGUGAAUGGCACCAAGGAAAUUUUGCGUUUAGCGAAGGAAGUGGUACAUCUCAAGGCUGUGGUUCAUGUCUCCACGGCUUUUGCCCAUUGCAAUCGUAAACACAUUCAGGAGAGAUUCUAUAAUUGUACCUUGUCGGGUGAUAAGGCUCUGCAGCUGAGCGAGUGCCUGGAUGAGCAGACAUUGAACACCCUGACACCGACCAUUGUCAAGGACUUCCCCAAUACCUAUGCUUUUACCAAGGUCUUGGCUGAGGAUAUCAUACAGAAUUAUGGACAGAAUUUGCCAGUUACCAUAAUCCGUCCAGGCAUAGUUGUCACUACCUACCGUGAACCCGUCUCCGGUUGGAUCGACAACAUGUAUGGACCCUGUGGCAUUAUUGUGGGCGUAGGUUCGGGUGUCAUGCGCAUUUUCAGCGGCAAGGUGCAGAAUAAGGCCAACAUGGUCCCGGUGGAUUUGUGUGUAAAUGCCCUGUUGACCAGUGCCUGGGAUAUAGCCAGAAAUACUUACGACACCCCACCAAUCUACAAUUACAUACCCGACCCGGAUAACAUUGCCAGCUGGCGCGAAUUCAUGGAAUAUGCCAUUGAAUAUGGCCGCAAGUUGCCGUUGCGCAAAUCCAUCUGGUAUCCUUGCUUCACCAUUGUCAGCUCCAAAUGGCAAUUCGCCCUGCUGUCAUUCUUGUAUCACACCUUACCCGCCCUGUUUAUGGAUAUGUUAAUGUUGGUUAUUGGCAAGAAACCCAGAAUGAUGAAAAUGUAUCGCAAAAUCCACAAAUUUUGCGCUGUGAUGGAAUAUUUCUCAUCGAAUGAAUUCAUAUUCGAAAACAACAAUGUGCGAGCACUCUGGGACAAAUUGGAUGCGAAGGAUAAACGUUUGUUUGCCUUCGAUAUGCGGUCCGUCGAUUGGACUGAACUGUUUCGCAUUAGCUUGUGGGGCCUGCGAUCCUAUGUGGUGAAGGAUGAACCCAGUACUGUGGCCGAAUCGGUGAAGCGACAUGAACGUUUGAAAAUUCUACACUACACCACAUUGUUUGUGAUUUAUUCGCUGACAUUUUUCAUUCUCUAUCAAUUAUUCAAAUUUGUCUUUUUCUAAAAAGGACAAGCAGCAGCAGCAACAACGACAACAACACCGACGACAAUAGCACGCCAACAACAAAACGGAAAUGUAAAUGCGCGUAUUUCCGGCUAUACAUUGCUGUAUGGGAGGUGGAAUUGGUUGGCUGUGCAGAGUAAAGAUUCCAUGCAGCCACCUCCUCCCUCUCCCGCUUACUUGUAGUAUCUAAUAAUAAUAAUAAUAGUAGUUUGUAAGUGUGUAUGUUUUCCCCGUCUGCUUUUCUUCCUGUUUUCAUUAUUUUAUAUAUAAAUAUAUUUACUCAUUUUGACACCCCUCUUACCUCCCCCAUCUUCACCCCAACCCAACGCACCGAAAUCACGUUGCUCCUGUGUUUUUUGUAUAUUUUUCUUAUUUAUAUGGAAAUUUAUUAGUCCUCUUUCUUCUUCUUUGUUUCCUUCCUUCCCCCACAUUUUUGUUAUUUACUUCCUAGCUUCCUUACUUCCUUCCUUCCUAUUUUCCUUAUUGCAUUGCUAUUUUAGUUUUUAUUAUUACAAAAAAAAGAGAAAUUUCGUUUUUAUUGUUUUUUAUUAUUCGUUAGUAUUCUUUAUAAUUUUUAUUUGUAUUUUUCCCUCCCUCCUUCUCCCUCUACCUCUACUCUUUUUUCUUUGUGUAAUUUUAUUUUUUAUUAUUACGAUUUUUAUUUUUAUGUUUCAAUGUGAAAUUUAAUUUUAUUAGUAUUUUUUUAUUAUUGUUUUACUUAGUUUGUAGACGAAACAAUGUAAAAAAAAAACGAAACAAAAACAAAAUUUAUUUUGUUGUUUACUAAUUUUUAAAUUAUGUCCAUGUAGUUGUAAUGGGUUUUUAUGGUCGAAUCCAAAAACGAAUAAAAUUUAUUAUUAAUUAAUUAAA